GGUUGAAACCCAAUACAUCUCCGCCAUUCAAUAAACGCUCCUUCUCUUCCUCUCGCCGCCGAACGACGGAUACCCUCUCGCCGCCGGCGAUUCAAUUGGCGGAGAGAGAAGACGAAGAUGGGUGAAAGGAAAAUUUGCAGUCGUCUCUAAAUUCAAUCAAAGCUUCUGUGGGCUUUUGGUUUUGGCGGAUCACAGUAGUGGGAUUUGCAGCGAAGAGCAGAAUCUUUUCCUGGAAAUUAGGAAUGGUGGGGCUUUCAAUUGGAGAGAAGCAAUUCAUACAAGGCGGUAUCGCGCAGGACCUUCGCUCUGAUGGUCGAACGAGAUUAACUUACCGACCCAUCUCUGUAGAAACUGAUGUGAUCUCUCAGGCCAAUGGUUCAGCAAGGGUCAAAAUGGGUGGUACUGAAGUUAUUGCUGCUGUGAAGGCUGAACUUGGAAGGCCAAAUGCAAUGCAGCCUGACAAAGGGAAGGUUUCGAUCUCUGUUGAUUGCAGUCCAAUUGCGGAACCAGCGUUCGAGGGUAGAGGUGGUGAAGAGUUGUCAACCGAACUCUCAGUCGCUCUUCAACGAUGUCUCUUAGGUGGAAAAAGUGGUGCAGGGGCUGGGAUUGACCUUUCAUCUCUGAUAGUUGUGGAAGGAAAGAUUUGUUGGGAUCUUUAUAUUGAGGGCCUCGUUGUAAGCUCAAACGGCAAUCUUCUAGAUACCCUUGGCGCUGCCAUUAAGGCUGCUUUGAGCAAUACAGGCAUCCCAAAGGUCAACGUUGCAGCGGAAGCAUCAGCCGACGACCAGCCCGAAGUUGACAUAAGCGAUGAAGAAUUUCUACAGUUCGACACAUCCGGAGUUCCCGUCAUAGUCACAUUGACAAAGGUGGGUAGGCACUAUAUCGUGGAUGCCACUUUGGAAGAGGAGUCUCAGAUGAACUCCGCCAUCUCCAUAUCCAUCAACAGGCACGGUCACAUCUGCGGGGUGACCAAACGAGGGGGCGCCGGGGUCGAUCCGAGCAUAAUCCUCGACAUGAUAUCCGUGGGCAAACAUGUGAGUGAGCAGUUACUGAACAAGUUGGAUUCAGAGAUAGCUGCUGCUGAAGCUGAUGAAGAAGAAUGAUGAAGCAUUUAGAUUUCUAACAGUUAUUUGUCUACAUUGUAGAAUUAUCCUAGAAUGACGAUAUGAAUUGGAAUCCUAGUCCUAGAUGGUAUAGAUGGUUGUAAGGUAGUUAUACUGUAGAAUUGGCAGUUCUUUAGACCUUUGAUUCUGUCAACAUGGUUGCCUAGACUUCCUAGUUGGUUUUUUGAGACAAUUUGAGCAAAUUGUGCAGAAAAAAAAGAAGUCAGCAUUGGCAGGAUGAAAUUUGAUUUAUUGACUUGUUGUCUAGCCACCCACAGGCAUCAUUUAUGGCUACAUAUUCGAGACCAGAAUGUUCAAACUC